UGCACCUCCCCCCAAAGAAAAAGCAAAAGAAAAAAAAAACACCAUUCAAUCCCAUAAUUCUGAAACUUCUAAAUUAUUCUUUUUUUUUUCUUCAACAGUACGACACUAUCUUUUAACUUAUCCAUGAAGGCGGAGAAGAGAAAGCGGGAGACUGACGGCAAGGAAGUAGUUGGUGCUCCGGUGGACGACGAUGAAGUGGAGGAGUUCUUCACGAUUUUAAGGAGAAUACACGUGGCAGUCAAGUACUUUGAGAAUAAUAAUAAUAGGAGCAGUAAAAACAAUUGCAAGAGAUGGAAAACGAGGUCGUUUGAGAAAGAGGUAAUUGAGGAUGUCAAUAGUGGCCGCGUUGAGCUACGAUGGAGGAAGGAGAAGGAGGAGAGUUUUGUUGGUGAGAAUACGGGUUUGGAUCUCAACUCGGAUCCUCCACCAUCUGAAGAUAACUCCGCUUAACUGUUUUACAGCUGUCAACAACCUUAAACACUUUCUGCAACCUUUUAUUUCCUUUUUCCUCUUCCUUUUUCUUUGACAACUAUUUUGCUGCUUACGAGAAUCCAUAAUUAUGUCCUUUCGAAAAAGAAAAGAAUUCAUAAUUAUGUCAAUAAAUUAUAUGUACGAGCACAUGGCUGAAUCCACCACUGACUAAUGAGUGUUCUGAAUUUGGAUGUAAACAGAAGAAUUAUUGUGCUCUAUAUCGAACAUUAUUUUCUUUAGCAGAUUUAAUGUUAUUCUGAAUUUAGUA